UGUGUUUUUACCCUUGAAUGAUCAUGGCUGCAGCAUUCUCAUCAAACCAUGUUUGUCACUCUCUGCUUAGAUGUCAGUGAUAGAUACUCUGCCCUCUCUCCCCUCCCCCCCUUCCAACAACAAGAACCGUCUCUGUUCCACCCACAACAUGCAGCCUAUACAUCUCGCCCUGAACCAGCUUAUUCCCGAACAUUUCUCUGAAAGUUCCUGGGCUUGUUGUUGUUUGACUUGUCACGAUAUGGAGAUCAAUGAUCCACUGCAUUUUUCUUGUCUCUCCUCAACACCUGCUGUGGCUUCUCUCAAGUCUUCCCCUUCUCUGGAAGACAGCUUGCACACUAAUGGGACCAGAAUGAGCUCCACACAGCUGGGCAGAGUCAUCAAUGGUGAGCUGAACAUGAACGGAAUAACACUGGACCAGGGGGCCAGUACGUCAGAGGCCUUUGCUCCAACAGCACCUUCCCCCGAGCCUAGAGACUCCAACCCCAACUCCAUGAGUGGCUAUGACUUCUUCUGGGAUUGUGGACAGUACCAGCCAACAGACCUGGAAAAACUCAAGGAAAAACUCAUGUUGUCUCAGCUUGCUUCUCAAGGACAAGGACAAGGGCAGCACCAAUCCAAUGGUGUGUUCGAAGCCGGUAUUAAGGACAUCUCCAUCGAUCAUAGUGCAAUGUCCAAAAGCCCCAAACUAUGUGAUGAGAGGACUCAGGGCUCCACUAGCCUGGAGUUCGAUCCCUACGGCUUAUGUUCGCAAAAGACUCAUUUUGAUAUGGUUCACGAAACCUCGUCGUUCUCCCCGAACCAGGAGUUCAGCAGGACUAUUUCGGAGGAGGUUCAAGCUUUCACCUAUCCGUACGAGCACUGUGUGUCGCAGCCUGACAUGGUGGACCUGGAAGACGCCGAUCUGCAGCUGUUCUGCGGCAAAGAUUACGACGACGUUGUGGACGUGGGUGAUAAAGAAACCACACAUGCUUUGGAUGGCGAAAUAAACGGAUGUGUGGAGUCAAAGAUGGAGGAGCUGAAAAUGGCUUCAAACCCGGAUCUAUCCAGCCACCCACUCUUCACGUAUGACACUGUCCAAUGUCUGGAGAACUCCGUGACCUUCAACAUUCCCGACAAGGAAUCUCCCCGGGAUUCAGCCUCGGUGUUAAUGAUGCCCUUUUCCUCGGCCUCUGUCAUAGAGUCUGGUAGUGAGUGUGAGAGUGAAAGCACUGAUUGUGACGAGAGGGAACUGGAAGCAUGUGGAGAGCAGGGCACUGCUGUCCCCGGGAACCAAGGAAAUGCCGACCACAGCCCCGGGAAUACCGACCACAGCCACGGGAAUACCGACCACAGCCACGGGAAUACUGACCAAAGCCCCGGGAAUACCGACCACAGCCCCGGGAAUACCAACUACAGCCCCGAGAACACAUCACCUUUCAAGAUCCCUGAUCCCACAGAGUCCACUGACGAGUUGGAGAGUGAAACAGGCAACUGUCCCGAGGGAGAGGAAAUGAGAAUGUCGCAGCGGCAGCCUGUGUCUGCGCUCACUCCCCCUCGGCAAAGCUCGGCUCUGUGCAAAUCUUCACGAGCUGAACCUCAGACCCCGGCCUCUCCUCUGAUCACACCAAACACCACACCCUCUCCUCGAGCAGAGUCCUGCAGCUCAGGCCCUGACACUGCUGAGGGUGACGAGACUGAUGUCAAAUCUCUUUCCAACCUGGUCAUGUCCUCCCUGUCGCUGUCUGAUGGCGACAUCGGUGGCUGUGAGGGUGGGGAGGUUCCGAUCCCUUCUUCAAACCCCCUCAAAACUUCCGUGAAAAGUCAGAAGAAGGCGAAAAAAUGUGACCUCAUCCCUGACACAACUCCCACCCCUUCGUUCUCCACCCCCGGUGAUUACACGCGGAGAAGAGUGACGGACGAGAGAGAGCUGCGGAUUCCGCUGGAAUAUGGAUGGCGACGUGAGAUUAGAAUAAGAAGGGUCGGGAGCCACCUUCAGGGUGAGACCAUCUACUACGCCCCCUGUGGGAAGAGAUUACGUCAAUUCCCUGAAGUUAUAAAGUACUUGACCCGGAAUGCAGUGACAGAGGUGGGCAGGGAGCAUUUCAGCUUCAGUCCUAGGAUGAAUGUGGGAGAUUUCUUCGAAGAGCAGGAGUCUGCUGAGGAGGAGCAGUGGCAGAAGGUGAGCCCGGAUGAUGUCCCGUUACGUAUUAAAGCCAUGAUGCGUCGGCGCGGGCGACCCCCAAACCCUGACAAGCUGAAGGCCUGCGAGCAGCCAAGGGUCAGCAGGGGCAAAGGGCGUCCCCCCAAGGCCACCAGGGUCACCUUGCUCAGCAAGGCGGAUGCCAAGCUCAUGAAAACGAUUGAAUUGCAAGCGGAACCACAGGAAACCAAUCCACAGAAGAAACCACCCAAAGAGCAGAGAGUGAAAAGCAAACGGAAGGAAAAGCAAGUGAGCUGGCGGGGGCAGCGAGUGAGGCAGAAACAGCAGGCGGCACAGCUGGCAGAGCACAUCAAGAAACCGACGGAGGAUAUGUACCUGAGCAACCAGAAGCCCCUGCCGGAGUUUGGCCCGAUCCCAGGUUUGGUGCUUUCUGGCCCGGCCUUUGCCGACUGUCUGAUUGUCACCGAGUUUCUGCAUAACUACGGCAAAGUGCUGGGUUUCGACAGUAGCCGGGAGGUGCCCACCCUGAACCGGCUGCAGGAAGGGCUGCUCAACGUGGGGGACAGUCUGGGCCUAGUGCAGGAUCUGCUGGUCCGCCUGCUCCAGAUUGCCGUGGCUGACCCAGGGCUGUCCUUGGAAGGCCAGUCCGUAACGAUUCUUGGGAAGCCACUGUGUGACAUCGGGAUUAACAGGGAUAACGUAUCAGAAGUUCUGAGGGUUUUCCUGGAGGCUUCUGACAUGGACAGAGAAUUCUGCCAAAGUCUCAAAGUCAAGUCAUUCCAUGCUCAUCCUGCGGGGAAGAAGGCAUCGGUGCUGGCUUUCCUGGUCAACGAGCUCCUGGGAAGCAACACGGUCAUCAGAGAAAUCGAUAAGAAUAUAGACCAUCGGGUAAACAUUCGCAAAAACAAGUGGAUUGUGGAAGGGAAGCUGAGGAGGUUAAAGAGAGCUCUGCUGAAGAAGCAAGGCAUCAGAGAGCCGCCUGAGAGCACGGUGGAGGACGGGAGGAGGAAACGGACGCUUGACCCGGAAGAAGAUAGUCGUGGUGCUGCCGGCAACGCAGGCGAGGAAAGGGUUAAGGAGGAAAUGGAAAGGACAACAUCUGAGGAAAAGGCUGGGAAUCUCAGUCGGACUGAAGACCAUCAUUCUGCAAGCGUGGCUGAACUGGAGCGUCAGAUUGAGAAGCUCAGUAAGCGACAGAAUUUCUUUGCCCGGAAGCUGCUGCAGGCAUCCCAAUCUCUGCGAGCCUUGCUGUUGGGGCAGGAUCGCUUUAGGCGGAGGUACUGGGUCUUCCCCCACCUCGGGGGACUGUUCGUGGAAGGUUCCGAGGCAGCAGCAGGGCCUGAGGAGCUGAGCACAGACAAGCUCCCCGUGGACACUCACGUGAAAGUGGAACUGAGAGACGCACCGACCGAGAACGUCAACGCUCCCGGGAGGCCGAAGAGCGGGCGUUGCCGGAAACGCAAAACGGAACAGCUAACCGCGGAGCCCCCCAAGCGGAGCAGAGCAGCCUCAAACUCCCGGAAAAGCAGCCGCGAUCCCGCCGCCCAGGCCCAGGUUCCGGCCCAGCACAGUGCAGAGCACUCGGCAGCUUGGUUUGCGUGGCUCAGCCUCUUACAGAACUCGAUGACGAUGCCUCUCCCUGCUCCUCACUGUAGCACCAGCAAACCUGGCCCUUACCCUCACCCCCACCCCGUGUCGCCCGAGCUGCUGCUGGCUAGUAACAGGCGUCUGUUCGACCUCAGCGUCCCCAGCUCCGAGAAGAAAGUCAAAGACUGUGCGGAGAGACACGGCCAGUGGUUCAGCCUCCUCCCGAGGAAGCCUUGCAGCUCCUCUGCCAUCACCCAGCUUCCCCUCGCCUCACAGCAGGCAGCGCUGCAUCCAGCUCCCCAGUUACACCACACUGCACUCCAGCUGCCGGCCUCCGCUGUGUUUGCAGCGUUACAGUUUAUGCCCUACAUGGGCAUUCCGCUGGACGGGAGGUCGAUGGCUUUGCUCAACCCAGCGGCUGCUAACGGCACAGCGGUGGCCCCCGGGGCCCUGUCAGGCUCCACUCUGGCUAAAGGCAGGGCCAGGACGGCCCUGUGCCCUCCCACUCCACACAGUGAUCACCUUCUGCCUCAGAAACCCAGGCCCCGGGGGCGACCACCAACCAAGUCCCUGAAGAAGAUCAGUGAGCCUCAACUGAGCCCCAUCCCCAAAGAGAUGCAGAGUGGCUGGUGGUGUGUUACCAGCCCGGAGGAGCUGAUUCUGCUGCUGAAGGCACUGCACCCCUGGGGGAUCCGGGAAAAGGCCUUACACAAGCAGCUGAACAAGCACAUGGAAUACAUUAGCCAAAGCUGCACCAAGGAGAGGACAGAUCCCAUCUUCCAUCCUGUCGGGGACGAGACAGAGCGGACGGUGUCCAAGGAGAUGUUGGAGACAUGGAAAGAGGAGAAAUGGGUGUUCGAGACGGACUUGAAUGCUCUGCAGCAGGUGGAGGCGCUGGAGCAGCGAGUGGUGUCGGCCAGUCUGCAAGUCAAGGACUGGAGCUGCCCGGACACAGACUCCACACGGGAUGACCUGGUUUACCUGGAGCCGAGGCAGGCGGGGGUGGAGUGCCGGGAGGGGAAGGACGAGGGGGAGCUGGAGCUGAUGCGCCGGAAUAACAACCCCCUGGUGCUGGGGGUAACGCGGCUGCUGGGGCUCGAGCCCAACAUCGAGCGGCGCUACCUGAGGCAGCCGCUGUGGAACCCGUUCCCCGCGAGGGUGGACACAGGAACUGCCCCCCAGCGCGACGGAGAGGCCAGGGCCGACCAGCAAAAGGACAGUGAGGAGGGGGAGAUCUCGCCCGGGCUGAGUGUGUGGCGAGAGACGUUACUGAGGACCACCAGCGCCGCCCAGUUGUGCAACUGCAUCCAACAGCUGGAGAGGGCCUUGUCCUGGGAGAAAUCCAUCAUGAGAGUGUCGUGUCAGAUCUGCCGAAAGGGGGACAACGAUGAGUUCCUGCUGCUGUGUGACAACUGUGAUCAGGGCUGCCACACGUACUGCCUGCGGCCACAGAUAGCAGACAUCCCUGACGGCGAUUGGUUCUGCCCCAUCUGUGUCAGCAGGGCCAACAACCGGUCUGGAAUGAGCCGCCGAUCCCAGAAUCCAAGGCGAAGGCAGAAAAGGGAGAGAUUCCCCGGGAACGGGAUGCUGUCUGGCAGCGGGGCCAGGAAGUACAUGAAGCGAAGACGGAAGCGCAUGACGCAGGAUGGCCCUCUGCUCGCCAAGAGGAGGAGGACAUCCAAGAGGAACCAUUCCAGUGACCUGACUCUGUGCGAGAUCAUCCUGAUGGAGAUGGAAUCCCAUGAUGACGCCUGGCCGUUCCUGCAGCCGGUCAACCCCCGCUUGGUGCCCGGUUACCGGAGAAUCAUCAAAAACCCCAUGGACUUCACCACCAUCAGGGAUAAACUCAUCAGCGGCAAGUAUUCGAGCUGUGAGGAGUUUGCCACCGACGCUACGCUGGUUUUCAACAACUGCGUGACUUUCAACGAGGACGACUCGGAGGUGGGACAGGCGGGAUACAUCAUGAGAAAGUUCUUCGAGAGCCGAUGGGCAGAGUUCUAUCACUCCAGCUAGAGAGACGUCACCGAGAUAGGGAGCUCGGGGCCAGUGAUGGGCGAGCACUGUCUGAGUCCUAGCAUCAUGGGUGAGGGGGGAAGGAAGGAGAGGCUAUGUUUAACCUCAGCCCUGACGAGGGUGACUGUUACCAUUGAUGACGAAGGCCUGGCUCCGCGGUGAAUGUCUAUUCAGCAAAAAUUCACACUCCUUAAUGUGUCCGACUUCAGGUUGAGAAGCUGAGAUUAACAGCAGGCUGUGUCUGGGGAUAGUGAAAACUUCUCCUUAAUAACAGGAAAACCUCCCACACAAUCAGUUGGCAAUGGGGGAGGGGUGGGGGGAACAGGAAACAAACAAACAAUUGGAAUGAUUGGGGGGAAUUUGCUAUCUGUUGAGUUAUGAAUUUUUUGCUGUUGAGGUUUUGCUGAUAUUAAUUUAUUAUCUUCUCGUCUCUCUCUCCCCUCCCCCCCCCCCUUUACAAUUUUCUCUCCUCAUGAAGACAUCAACUCACGCCCUGGGGAACUUCUCAUGAGACUCGCAAGUAAUUUAACCAGAAAUCCUGGGGAGGGGGGAGCGGACAGUUGGUGGUGGGGUGGGGGCUAGGUAGAUAUCUUGAUGUCCACACUUCCUCAAUCAUACUCCCUCUGUGUACUAAUGAGUGCAGAGUUUCAGUAUGACACAGAGUGAAGCUCUGUUUUCUCUCGGCAAGCUUUGGAGAGUUGUGUGUCGUGUCACCCCUUCCUGCUCCUCCGCUUCCCCCCACCCCCUCCCCCCCGCACUGAAGAAAGAGAAUCGAUUGUAAUUUUUUAUAUUAUUUAAUUUGACAUGUAUAAUGUAGUUAAUUUAUAGGUUAGGGUAUCCAGGACAGAUAUUUAUAUAUAAGUGCCGGGGGACAAACCCACCCGCAGGAAAUCCACCCCUACAUGUGGUUCUUUAUUCUUAAAAAAAAGUCAAAAAGAGUCUUACUUUCUGUUUGGAGAUUUUGGAACAGAGGAAGUGUAGACCCUCACUGUGUGUGUGCGUGCGUCUGUAUGAGUGUGUGUAUCUGUAUGUGCGCGUGUGUGUGUGCCUGUUUGUGCGUGCGUGGGUGUGUGUGUCUGUGCCUGUGUGUCUAUGCGUGCGUGUAUGUGUAAGUGCAGCCCUUCACUGUGUUUGUGCGCAGUGAGAUAAUAAUCCUCCCCAAAUGUUUUUAUAAUAAUGGUAAUUCAGUCACUCAAUCCACGACUGUUUGUGGCACACUGCUGUGUGUAAGUGCAGACACUCACUGUGUGUGUGUGUGUGUGCCUGUGUGUGCGCGCAGGGGGUUAGUUUAUUCAGGUGGGUACGUUUCUGAUUCAGACAUCACAACUAUCAGGACUCACAUCUAUACCUAUUUGACCAUAUUCGCCCCCAAACUAAAUCCGUUUAUAAAAAUGUUAAAAGAGCAAAGUGUGACAUUACUGCGCCCUCCAAUGGCCAUUUCUGGGAACCGCACCCCUUAAAAGACAGUGACUUGGGGGCUGAGUUCCACCACGUUUCCCUGGGGCGGUGAGGGGUCCUUGGAGCCAACCUGACUCCCAGUAAAUCUCGGUCGUAAUCCAGCCCCCUAUUGUGUUUUCCUUGAGGGAACACGAACACAAAAGUACACAGAAUAAUGUGGCGACUGAGUUAAACAGUGGAAAUAAUAAGACACAACUCUCUUCUCCACCCGCCCCUCCCCAUACACCCAAUCUCUCCCACUGCGUCGUUCCCCCAAACACACGCCCCAGCCUCCCUGAAUGCUCAUCCACACUGGCUCAUGAGUAACAACAACAACUUGCAUUUUAUAUAGCGCCCUUUAUACAGUGUAGCGUCUUACUAAACCUUAAGAGUCAAAAGCUGGGUUCAGUCUGUGCUGAACUGGGGUGAGGCCAGGUUGGAUGUUGAGCCUCGGGGCGGGGGAAUUAGCACUCAGUCAAGACUAACAAUUUACCCACUUAGAUAAAGUUAGAGGGGGUGUGUGGCCAUAGAACCGUCAGCCCACAAGGGGAAAAAUAAGCUGAACAUCUUCAGAGUAGGAAGAGAUGGAGAAGACAGAAAAGGAACAAAGGAUAAAAUGGAUCAAUCUGUGCUCUGACGCCUCAAUCAUAUGUUCCCAGUGUAACUCAAUUUGGUAAUAAUCCCUCCCAAAUUUUUUCUAUUAUAAUUAUCAUACUAGUAAUUCCGUCACUCAAUCCACAACUGCUGUGCGCAAUUGGCACAGCUUUUCACCCACAAAAUAACGCAGUCACUCCUCUUUAAAGUAUAUCCUACGACGCACUUUGAGACACCUUGAAGAGGUGAUAAGGGGCUAUAUCAAACGCAAGGAUGAUGAUGAUUAUUCACUCCGAAACGAGAAUUUAUGUGGCAGUGGGGUGGCAGAGGGUGGGGAGGAGUAAUGUCCUGUAUUUAGGCUGCCCGUCCCCAUGUAAAGACCAUCCAAAUAUCAUUUCUUUUUAAAAUGCAGUGUGAUUUAAAACAUCAACAAGCAAUUAGCCCUCAGGACCGCACCCACCACCAACAACAAAUUACACGUAUACAGAGCGCCUUUCGGGUUGGGAGGACAUCCCAACGCACGUUCCGAACUGGUCUCCAAACCCAGAACUCAGUCCUCCUCAGCCCCCACAACACCCCCCCCCCCCGAAGGAAGCCACACCUUUUUCUAUAUAAUGACCGUGUCCGAUGUUUAGACUGUUUUAUAAUGUACAGUUUCUUUUUGUGACUGAAAGUUAAUUUGUUUCUAUAUAUUUUUAGGACCAACAACCUUUCUAAAUAGAAGCUAUUAUUAAAAAAGAGGAAAUCCAUGCUGUGACGGUGUUGUAAUGCCAGUAGGAUAUAUUGUGAGUUUAAAAUAAAGCCACAUUAUACUGAG